UCCCUGUUUUUCCCACCACGAAUACCAAGCAGCCUCAACAAAUUGAGGGCUGUAAGCAUCAGGCAUUGAUCCUGUUACGUCUUUUUUCUCCCCAUCGGUCGUAUUUGCCUCGUAGACAAUCUCUUUGAUUAUUUAAUAUAACUCACCUCAACCUUGUCUUUUGGAGCGGAUUGUUGCUGAACUGCCUGCUUAGCUUGUUUCUCUUGGAGUUUUGCUAAUUUAGCAGCCUUUUUGGCCUCCUUUUCCAGCUGUUUUGCUGAUUUCUCAACUACUUCUUCUUCAUUAUUUUCAAUAUUUUUGUCACUCAUUUUUCUCUUGAUUUUCACUAAUUAAUUAUAUGAACUUGAAUGGUUUCUAAUUCUUUGUUGCUUUACGCUUUAUAUCCAGCAAUUGGAUGAUGUAAUAAUCAAGGAUUUACCUAAUUAUUUCAAGUUUAUUGAUUAGAUAGAAUUUAACUUGCGAAAUGAUGAAAUUUAAAAUUACAGAGGUUGUCGUGACUUUUUUGAGCAGGUUAUACUGUAACACGAGCCUAAUUAUGGUUGUUUUGUGUAAAGCAAAUUGUGGAAAUAAAGGCGUAUUGAAGCGACCCAAAACUAGUGAUGUUUUAUGUAAAGAAUGCUUUUUUAAAGCUUUUGAGCUGGAAAUCCAUGAGACGAUUACAAGAAAUAAAUUAUUUAAAAGUGGACAACGAGUUGCUAUCGCUGCAAGUGGUGGAAAGGAUUCAACAGUUCUCGCUCAUGUUAUGAAAGUCUUGAAUGAAAGAUACAGCUACAACCUAAAGUUAAUACUAUUGUCAAUCGAUGAAGGAAUUACUGGAUAUAGAGACGACAGCUUGGAAACAGUUAAACAGAAUCGUGAUGACUAUCAAAUGGAAUUAAAAAUUCUUAGUUAUGAGGAACUUUAUGGAUGGACGAUGGACAGGAUUGUUGAGCAAAUAGGAAGAAGUAAUAAUUGUACAUUUUGUGGUGUAUUUCGUAGACAGGCUUUAGACAGAGGAGCAAAGAUGUUGGAAGUGGAUUGUGUAGCAACAGGACAUAACGCUGACGAUAUUGCAGAGACAGUUUUAAUGAAUAUACUUCGUGGAGAUAUAGCAAGACUAAGGAGAUGCACAGAUAUUUGUACAUCUGGUGGUGAGGAUUCAAUUCCAAGAGUUAAGCCAUUAAAGUAUACUUAUGAGAAGGAAAUUGUCAUGUACGCACAUUUCAAGAAGCUAGUUUAUUUCUCAACUGAAUGUAUAUUUGCACCAAAUGCAUAUCGAGGACAUGCCAGGGCAUUUUUAAAGGAUCUGGAGAAGGUUAGGCCAUCAGUUAUUAUGGAUAUUAUUCAUUCCGGGGAACAGAUGCGAUUUAAAGACACUAUAAAGAAGCAAAUUCGAGGCAUUUGUCAGACUUGUGGAUUUGUAUCAUCUUGUCAGCCAUGCAAAGCAUGUAUCUUGCUCGAAGGUCUUAACAGAGGAUUACCAAAAUUAGGAAUUGGCAAAAAGUCAAAAGGAGAUCGUAUGAAGGCACAACAAGAUCUCGAGAAGCUGCACCGUGUUAAAAAUGACUUUUAGACGUUACUAAAGAAUUUAUGAAUUUUGCUAAAAUUACUAAACGCCUUCAUAAUCUUUUAGAGAUUCCAUAUAACGGGAUAUGCUUAAUGUACAGUUUGUAAUGAUUUAUGUCAUUAAUUAAACACAUUUCUGUUGAAAUUUUUAUCACAUUACAUAAAGUUUAAAAUUCUGAAUCUAAUAAAAUGUC